AUCGCACUAAUUAAAUUUAUUUCCCCCCUUUCUAGCCAGAUAAUAUUAAACUUGGUUUACUUCAAUUUUUAUCUCUCUCAACUCCAAAGUAUAAAGAUGUUAUAUAUAUAGUGAGUUACUGAGUCCACUACAAACAAAACUUAAAACAAUGUAUGAUUUGGUCCUCCCUCUCCUCCUCCUCCUCCUCCACUUCACCUCACCGCCGCGAGUCUCCGGCGUUGGCGUAAACUACGGCACACUGGGAAACAACCUCCCGCCGCCGAAGAAGGUGGCGCAGCUGCUCCAGUCCACCCUCAUUUCCAAGGUCAAGAUCUACGACACCAACCCCGACAUCCUGGCCGCCUUCUCCAACACCGGCAUCGACCUCAUCGUCGCCGUCGAGAACUCCCAUGUCGCCAACCUCAGCUCCAACCCCUCCGCCGCCGCCGACUGGUUCACCUCCCGCGUCGCCCCCUUCAUCCCCGCCACCUCCGUCGUCGCCGUCGCCGUCGGCAACGAGUACUUCACCGCCGAACCGGACCUCGACCCCAACGCCCUCCCCAAAGCCAUGAAGAACCUCCACGCCGCCCUCGUCUCCCGCGGCCUCGACCGCAAGAUCAAGGUCACCACCCCGCACAGCAUGGCCGUCCUCGCCGCCUCCUUCCCGCCCUCCGCCGCCACCUUCGCCGCCACGCUCGUCCCGGCGAUGACCGCCGUCGUCGGAUUCCUGGCCGACACCGGCGCCCCCUUCAUGGUGAACGCCUACCCUUACUUCGCCUACCGCGACAACCCUAAAAUCAUCGACCUCGAAUACGCGCUGCUCGGCAACGCCACCGGCGGCGGCGUCGCCGACAACGGCCUCACGUACACCAACAUGCUCGACGCCCAAAUUGACGCCGUCCGGUCGGCCGUCGGGUCGCUGGGGUUCGCCAACCGGUCGGUGAGGAUGGCGGUGUCGGAGUCCGGGUGGCCCUCGAGGGGCGGCCCGGCCGCGACGCCGGAGAACGCGAGGACGUACAACGCGAGACUGGUGGAGAGGGCGCAGUGGAAGAAGGGGACGCCGAUGAAGCCGAACGAGGGCGUGGAGAUUUUUAUAUUCGGAUUGUUCAAUGAGAACGAGAAGGGAGGCGGCGAGAGCGAGAGGAAUUUUGGGAUUUUUAACUCCGACGGCUCUAGGGUUUAUGAUGUGGAUUUGAGGUGCGAGUUCUGCUCGAAGGCGGAGGCGGGGGAGAAGGUGGCGAGGGGGCCGUCGGUGUGGUGCGUGGCGAAGCCGCACGCGGAUGAGGAGGUGAUGAAGGGGGUGGUGGAGUUCUGCUGCGGCGGCGGCGGCGUGGAUUGCAGGGAGAUUGAAGAAAAUGGGGAGUGUUACGUGCCGGAUAGGUUGCAUGCGCAUGCGUCUUACGCCAUGAAUGCUUAUUACCAGAUGCAUGGGAGGAACUACUGGAAUUGCGACUUCAAGGGGACUGCGCUCGUCACUUUCACUGAUCCCAGUUACGGGCGAUGCCGAUAUGCACAACAGUGAAACACAAAGCACAAAACGAGUUCCGUUGUGAAAGCAUUUAGUUUGUUGUGAGUUUGUAUUGUUGGAUAUUUUGAUUUGGUGGAAAAGUUAAAAAGCAAAUUAAUGUGGUAGGGAGGGGGUAAAGGUGGAUCCACCCACGAUCACAGGCUUUUAAGUUUGAAAAAAAGCUACUUCUCUUUACUCA